AUGGCCGGGAUGAGGAAGGCGAGCAACGCGGCGGCGCUGGUGGCGGUGCUGAUCGUGGCCGUGGCGGCCGCGGCCGGCGCCAUCAAGCUCUGCGGCGUGGACAAGUCGGCGGUGGACGCGUGCACGCCCUACUGCAAGGUGGGCAGCACGCAGGCCGCGCCGGGCACGCUCUGCUGCGACAAGGUGAAGUCCGCCAGGUGGGACUGCCUCUGCGGCUACCGGGGCGCUCUCCCCAGCGACAUCGACGCCGCGCGCGUCAUGGACCUCGCCACCAAGUGCAAGUGCGACUACCCGCCGGCGUCCUGCGACGCCAACUAG